GACGAAUCCGGCCCGCCACCAGAGCCAAGCCCGGACCAGAUUUCCGAUCUGCCAAUAUCGCAGGUCACUAUGAUGCUUAAGGUAUCUAGCAUCUGAAAACGCCUUCUCGAAAUAAGGUUAUAUGUCUGAAAUAGCUAAGACCGACGUGAUAUGCCUUGGCAGAUAUUGUGGGUUAUAUGAAUAGGUUAGCACGGCUUGCGUCGCGAGCUGCAACUCAUUGAUAAGAUGAUAAAAGCAACGAACCUGCAAUUUUGCCAAGACGCGGCUCGUAGUAUCAAGUAGUCCAUCCAUUCAUUCAGCUGUGCGAUGCGUGCUUUGGCUAUUCUAGCCACCCUUCUGGGCCAUGAAUCUCUGGUCCACGCACAGUUCAUGACGAAGCCAGGGAGAAGACCAGAUGCGAGCUCUAUACAGGAGUCACCAUCAGCACCAGAUGCAAUUCCAACGUCGAAGACGCCGAAGACGCCGAAAUUAGACGCAAGUUAUUGCGUGAACACAGCAACAUCACGGAGUUGUUGGGGAAAUUACAGUAUUGACACUGAUUACUAUGUGACGACACCCUAUACAGGCGUGACGAGAGAGUAUUGGUUAACUGCGGAAUCCACCACACUUGCACCAGAUGGAUAUGAGCGCGAAGUAUUGGUCUUCAAUGGUUCGUUGCCGGGUCCGACAAUUGAAGCAGACUGGGGAGACGAGGUCGUUAUUCAUAUUACAAAUAACAUACCUGAUAAUGGCACUUCAGUGCACUGGCAUGGUGUUCGGCAGCUCAACAGUAUUUUCAGCGACGGCGUACCAGGAGUGACCCAGUGCCCGUUAGCGCAUGGCCAGACGAAGACCUAUAGAUGGCGUGCGACGCAGUACGGAACCUCGUGGUACCAUUCGCACUUCAGCUUACAACUCGGUGAAGGUCUCCAUGGUCCGAUCGUCAUUCACGGACCAGCAACUGCAAACUAUGAUAUUGACAUCGGUCCGGUCGUGUUACAAGACUGGACCCACACCAGCGUCUUCACCAUAUGGGAACUUCUGCAGAGAAAAACGGCUGACGUCCAACCAGUUGGUGAAAACGGUCUCAUCAACGGGUUAAAUCCCUAUGAUUGCAGCCAAUCCAGUGACCCGGCCUGCAUCGGCACCACCGAGCGUUUCGAGCUCACCUUCCAGAAGGGAAAGAAGUACCGACUUCGUAUCAUCGGUACUCAGAUCGAUGGCUGGUUUAAGUUCACUAUUGACGGCCACAAGCUCACCGUGAUCGCAAAUGAUUUUGUACCAAUCGAGCCGUAUGAGACAGAUAAUAUCGUCUUGUCUGGUGGGGAGCGGUAUGACAUAAUCGUCGAGGCCGAUCAGCCAGUGGGAAAUUACUGGCUUCGUUCAAUCUACCAGACUGCCUGCAAUAGGAACGAUAAUCUCAACAAGAACAACAUCCGAGGCAUUGUGCGAUACGUCGGUGCGGAUACCUCUGAAACUCCCACCACAAGCGUCAGCAAAACCAUUACAAAUUCGUGUGGGGACGAGCCUUACGAGAGCCUAGUUCCCUGGGUAUCUCACGAUGUAGGCAGCAGUGACUUUGAGGAUUCAUUAGGCAUGACCGUUUAUAUGGAGCCGGACCUUACCUUCAAGUGGACUCUCCGCACCAAGACGCUGAUGGUCGAUUGGCAGAAUCCGACGCUAUUGGAUAUUUACAGAGGCGAUGAAAAGUUCCCUCCUGAGAGUAAUGUAGUGACAGUACAGGCUACCAACGAAUGGGUGUACUGGAUACUUGAGGACCAAACCGGAAGAGAUAUUUGGCAUCCUAUGCAUCUUCACGGUCAUGACUUUUAUAUUCUGGCCCAAGGCUCAACACAAUACGACUCUAGCGUGAAGCUCAACACCAAGAACCCGCCGCGAAGAGAUACAGCAACAUUAUAUGGUAAUGGAUACCUCGUGAUAGCCUUCAAGACAGACAACCCUGGCUCUUGGCUCAUUCAUUGUCACAUUGCAUUUCACGCAAGCCAAGGCCUCGCUUUGCAGCUAGUCGAGAGACCUGCAGAGAUACCCGACCUGAUUGCCGCAGAUGUCGACCAACUCAACGAAACGUGCAGAACCUGGGUCCCGUUCUACAAUUCGGCAUCUCAGGCACAUUACAAACAGGAUGACUCGGGCAUCUAAUUGUCCUCUAGCGGUAGUGAAUUUUGUCCUGGUUUUGGUUUUGAGGCGGUGAUGCUACGGCUGUUUUGCUGUAUGAGGUGC